GGCCGCUCCUCUCUUGGCAAGCCCCAGACCCUGCCUUGGAUUUCUUUCUGGCCUCCAAGGGGGCACUUGGCUCCUGGCACCUGGCAGCCUUGGCUGUCUCACCAGCCCCACUGUCCUGCCUCUCUGCUUGGGACCCAUGGGAGCUGCCAUCUCCCCAGCUCCAGGUCUGUUCCACAGCUGAGCUCCCCGCUUCACGUCUUCUGUCCUCUCCAGGCCCUCUCAGCCCUCCAGCCCCCUCGUUUUGGCUGCCUCUAAGGCCCUCCAGGGCCUCCUGGGCUUCCUCCUCUACAAUCUUCCCUGUCCUUCCCACGGCCACCGCCCCCAGUUCCUCAGCCGCCUGUGCCUCCCGCUCUACAGUGGGGACUGCAUCUCCCAAGAGGUGAUCUGCCCACCUUGGCCUCCCAAAGUGUUGGGAUGAUGGAUGUGAGCCACCACGCCUAGACCAGAGGGCACAUUUCAAACAGCAUUCUGAAGGCCUGGUGGUGAGAAAGAGCGGAUAGAGCUGGCACAGCCCAUAGCAGAGAUGAGGCCGAGGACAAGAAGAGAAUGCAGGAUGCCACUUUCCACCUAGAGGAAGUUUAAAACCUGCGGUUCCAAGGUUCUCCGGCCCCUCCCUUUCUCACGCUCCGAAGCCGAGAAGGCCCAAAGCGAAGAUAGAGAGGACCCGGAAGUAGGGAAAACCUCUGAGCACGUGAUGGGGGAACACGCGGGUUCUGUCACGUGAUCCGACAGCCGGCCUCUGCAAAGUGCAGAAUGUUCUGCUGCUCUUAAAGACCCUCAUCCCUCCCGUGGGAGCCCCUUUUGGACACUCUAUGACCCUAGACCCUUGGGGGACCUGAACUUGAUGCGAUGGGAGGCUGUGCGGGCUCGCGGCGGCGCCUUUCGGAUUCCGAGGGUGAGGAGACCGUCCCGGAGCCACGGCUCCCUCUAUUGGACCAUCAGGGCGCGCAUUGGAAGAACGCGGUGGGCUUCUGGCUGCUGGGCCUUUGCAACAACUUCUCUUAUGUGGUGAUGCUGAGUGCUGCCCAUGACAUCCUUAGCCACGAGAGGACAUCAGGAAACCAGAGCCAUGUGGACCCAGGCCCAGCGCCCAUCCCCCACAACAGCUCAUCACGAUUUGACUGCAACUCUGUCUCUACGGCUGCCGUGCUCCUGGCAGACAUCCUCCCCACGCUCGUCAUCAAAUUGUUGGCUCCUCUUGGCCUUCACCUGCUGCCCUACAGCCCCCGGGUUCUUGUCAGUGGGAUUUGUGCUGCUGGAAGCUUCGUCCUGGUUGCCUUUUCUCAUUCUGUGGGGACCGGCCUGUGUGGUGUGGUCUUGGCUAGCAUCUCAUCAGGCCUCGGGGAGGUCACCUUCCUCUCCCUCACUGCCUUCUACCCCAGGGCUGUGAUCUCCUGGUGGUCCUCAGGGACUGGGGGAGCUGGGCUGCUGGGGGCCCUGUCCUACCUGGGCCUCACCCAGGCUGGCCUCUCCCCCCAGCAGACCCUGCUCUCCAUGCUGGGUAUCCCUGCCCUGCUGCUGGCCAGCUAUUUCUUGUUGCUCACAUCUCCUGAGGCCCAGGACCCUGGAGGGGAAGAAGAGGCGGAGAGCUCAGCCCGGCAGCCCCUCAUAAGAACCGAGGCCCCGGAGUCGAAGCCAGGCUCCAGCUCCAGCCUCUCCCUUCGGGAAAGGUGGACAGUGUUCAAGGGUCUGCUGUGGUACAUCGUCCCCUUGGUCGUGGUUUACUUUGCCGAAUAUUUCAUCAACCAGGGACUUUUUGAACUCCUCUUUUUCCGGAACACUUCCCUGAGUCACGCUCAGCAAUACCGCUGGUACCAGAUGUUGUACCAGGCAGGCGUCUUUGCCUCCCGCUCUUCUCUCCGCUGCUGUCACAUCCGUUUCACCUGGGCCCUGGCCCUGCUGCAGUCCCUCAACCUGGCAUUCCUGCUCGCGGACGUGUGGUUCGGCUUUCUGCCAAGCAUCUACUUCGUCUUCCUGAUCAUUCUGUAUGAGGGGCUCCUGGGAGGCGCAGCCUAUGUGAACACCUUCCACAACAUCGCCCUGGAGACCAGUGAUGAGCACCGGGAGUUUGCAAUGGCGACCACCUGCAUCUCUGACACGCUGGGGAUCUCCCUGUCGGGGCUCCUGGCUUUGCCUCUGCACGACUUCCUCUGCCAGCUCUCCUGAUACUCAGGAUCCUUGGGACGCAGGUCACACUCACCCGUGGGCAGAGGGGCAGGUCACAUACCCAGGCCCACCCUAGAGCCCCUCCACGAACUGUGCUCCUGGCCUUUCCAGCAGGGCUGGGAGUAGGGAAGGGCUGAGACCUUGUUCCCCUUGCAGGGGGCCUAGCCAUUGUCUCCCGCUCAGGGAGCUUCUUCCUGGCAUCAUGCCCUCUGAAUAAAUGCCGAUUUUAUCCAUGGA